CUCGGCGGUUUGGUUAGCGGUCCUCCCACGCGCCGUUUCCGAUCUCGUCCUGGGGUGGGGGGUGGACUCUUUUUAUUAUUAUUAUUCUUGUUACAUAUUAUUAUUUUUGGAGUGUCUUCAUCACGUGGGGCAUCAAACCCGCAAGCCCGCCGCCACCGAUCAUGGCAGCCCAGCGCUAAUGUUUCGUUUCGCGGUCAUUCUUUGCACGCCGUUCGGGGUUAGCGAUGGCUAAAAGGAGCUCCUUGUUUAUUCGAAUAGUGGAAGGAAAAAAUUUGCCCGCCAAAGACAUUACGGGUAGCAGUGACCCCUACUGUAUUGUGAAAAUUGACAAUGAAGCCAUAAUCAGGACAGCCACAGUGUGGAAAACUCUCUUUCCUUUUUGGGGUGAGGAAUAUGAAGUCCACCUGCCUCCCAGUUUCCGCUGUGUGUCCUUCUAUGUGAUGGACGAAGAUGCUUUGAGCCGGGAUGAUGUCAUUGGGAAAGUGCGCAUCCCCCAAACUUUGUUGGCCGAGCAUCCGAAAGGGGAGACUCUGCUGUUGUUCUCAUCUCGCACAUUGGUUCCCCCCAUGCUCCUGUUCUUAGGCUACAGUGGUUGGUUGAACCUCACCGAAAUUGACCCAGAUGAGGAAGUGCAAGGAGAAAUCCACCUGCAGAUCGAGAUCACCGGUGGCGAUGCUGCGAGGAAGCUGCGCUGCGUUGUGUUUGAUGCCAGGGAUUUAGCCCGGAAGGACCGGAACGGAGCUUCUGAUCCCUUUGUCAGAGUCCGCUAUAAUAGCAAAAUUCAGGAGACUUCGGUGAUCAAAAAAUCUUGCUACCCCAGAUGGAAUGAGACCUUUGAGUUUGACCUGGAUGAGUCAGCCACAGAAAAGCUCUGCAUUGUUGAAGUCUGGGACUGGGAUCUUGUCAGCAGGAAUGAUUUUUUGGGGAAGGUGGUAUUCAAUGUUCAAAGGCUGAAGGCUGUCCAGCGAGAGGAAGGGUGGUUUUUGCUCCGGCCAGACAAAUCCAAGCCAAGGUUGGAUGAAGGGAAUCUGGGCUCCUUACACCUCCAGGUACAGCUUCGGGAUGAGAUGGUUCUGCCAUCCAUCCACUACCAGCCUCUUGUCCAGCUGUUAUGCCAGGAAGUUAAAGAAGGGGCCAAGAACAAGAAAGUGCACUUAAUAACCCUGAUUGAUGAGACCACAACAGCUGAAUGUAGACAGGAACUGGCUGUCAACCUUGUCAAGCUCUUCCUGGGUCAAGGCUUGGUUAAAGAGUUCUUGGACCUUCUCUUCAAACUGGAGCUGGAAAGAACCUAUGAACCAAACACAUUGUUUCGGAGCAACUCUCUAGCUUCUAAGUCCAUGGAGUCAUUUCUGAAGGUGGCAGGCAUGCAGUACCUCCAUCGAAUCCUUAGGCCAACAAUCAACCGAGUUUUUGAAGAGAAGAGAUACAUCGAACUAGAUCCCAACAAAGUGGAAAGCAAAGAGAUCGGGUGCUCUAGCCUUCACCGGAUCCAGAGUGAAAGUGAGGUGAUCCAGCAGAGCGGCCAGCUCCUUCAGUCGUAUCUGACUGAUCUCCUGAGCACCAUCACCAGGUCUGUCAAGAUGUGUCCUGCUAUCAUCCGUGCCACUUUUCAGCUACUUUUCAAGAGAGUUGGGGAACGCUUCCCCGAGGAGAAAGAUCAGAAUGUGAAAUUCAUUGCCAUCACCAGCUUCCUCUGCCUACGAUUCUUCUCCCCAGCCAUUAUGUCCCCCAAACUCUUCCACCUACGGGAGAAGCAUGCUGAUGCUCACACCAGCCGGGCCCUGCUUCUGCUGGCCAAGGCGGUCCAAAAUGUGGGGAACAUGGACACGAGCAUCAGCCGCACCAAGGAAGCAUGGAUGGCCCCUCUGCAAGCCACCAUUCAGCGGGGUGUUGCACAGAUGAAGCAGUUCAUCCUCCAGUUAAUUGACAUCGAGGAGAAAGAUGAAUUAGACCUGCAGAAGCCCAUCUCCCUGCAACCGCAGGUUGUAAAAGAAGGGUACCUGUUCAUCCACAAGGCAAGAAGCAAGGGGCCUCUCCUCUCGUUCUCCUUCAAGAAGCUCUAUUUCUCAUUAACCCACGAGGCUCUCACCUGUGCCAAGACACCCAACUCCAAGAAAAGCUCCUUUGUGCCACUGACUAGCAUCCGGGCAGCCGAGAAGGUGGAAGAGAAGAGUUUUGGCAUCUCCCAUGUUAUGCAGAUCAUCUACACUAAUGAUGCUGGGCAAGAAGACACAGCUUACCUGCAGUGCAAGUGUGUGAAUGAGUUCAGCCAGUGGCUGUCAGCCUUACGGAAGGUCUGCGGGAACAACGCCGGGAUGCUCUGCUCCUAUCAUCCGGGGGUUUUCCGAGGAGAUAAAUGGAGCUGCUGCCAUCAAAAGGACAAAGCAGGUCUUGGUUGUGACAAAACCCGGCAUGGAGUUACUCUGCGGGAGUGGAACGAUCCCUUGGAUCCUGACUUGGAAGCUCAGCUGAUAUUCCGGCAUCUGCUUGCAAUUCAAGAACUAAUGAGGGAAAAGUAUGUGGAAUUGUCCGUUCUGGAGAAAAGUCAAAAUCACCAAAGUGAAGAUCCUGAAAAUGCUGACAGCCCCAUCAGGCUUUUCCAGAUACUACAUGAUUUAGAAGAAAUUCACCAUAAGGAGGUUUCCCAGUCAACUGACAUGGCCCAGCAGAAUCAGAAUCACUUGGUGGAACUGCAGACGUGACUCCCACAAAAAAUUCAUUUGGGGGCAAGUUCCACCUUUGCCCUGUACAAGCAGGAUGGUUGCUACACCCCCAGAAUGGCAAUUACACUCCCGGGACUCAAUUUUGUCCGCUGAGAUGGAAUGGGUGGGACUUGGAAGGUCCUAACCUCUCCUUCUGGACCUCUCCUGUAAUUCGGUUGUUCAGCCUCUAGUCUCCAUGGUGCAUUGAGACUGGGUGUUUUAUCUCACUUCAUCAACCAGAAUUGGACAAUUAUUCUUUUAAAAAAGACUAGGUUUCUAUAUCUCAUGAUGCUUUUGAUAAUACAUAACAACAAUACAGUUACUCUGUUUGGGGGUGGUAGGGUGAAGCUUCUAUGCCUUUCACCCUUCCUUCCUUCUUUCUUUCCUUAUGUAGCUCUAAAAAUACACAACUCUGCAUUAAUGGUCUGAAUCUUGUGAAGUAGCAAGUCCCAUGUCCCAUCUUCCACAGAACUUUUUCACUAGCAAUGGCUUUCCUGAAGAAGCCGCAUUUCCCAGAUUCCCAGCUCUGAUGUGUAGAUGAGUUGUGCUGAAUCAGAACAGGGUGAGGUGGACAUUUCAACUUUUGGGAGCACCAUAAAAGUGAAGCAAACUGCUCAAAUAUUACACAAAAUCCAUAGGUGCAAGAUCUGGGACAGGCAACAGAGAGAGAGAACAAUGAAUGUCUCUGUAUAAUGAUUUCUUGGCAGGGGAGAGCUAGGGAGCAUCCAGUAAGACAAAUGAAGAUGUCCAUAUUGAUAUAGCUAAGAGGAAUGCUUCACAAUUCUUGUCCAUGACUCUCCUCCAAGCCCCAGGAACUUUGAAUGUACAUAAAGCUUUUUUAAAAAUAAAUCAUGGACUUCAUCUGUUACAUCAAUGUCUGGCUUUUUUUAAUUGCUCUCUUUGAAGAACAUCAGAUUGACAUGUAGAUUGCAGAGAAAAUUUUGAGAUUAAAAGCAUGGUGAUAAAAAUGUGUAUGCUUUCUUUCCAUAGCUGAAGGAGACAAGGACGGACCAGAGAAUGAGAGCUGAUCUAUCAUUAAAGCAAAGGGGGCAACCCCAAAUUCACCCUAAUUAGGUGAAAUGUGCCAUUAAACCUAGGUGGUUGUCAGAUUACAUAC